AUGUCAGAUACAGAGAGUUUUGAAGGAGCAGGUGGUUUAUUUGAAGAACCAGAAGACUCAUUGCCACCUAAAGAUACUUCUCAUUUCGUCAGUUAUACCAGAAAAUUAACCAAUGUUUCACCAGUUGAAAUACCAUUAAGAUUAGUAGGAAAAUCACCAUUAUGGGGUCAUCUUCUUUGGAAUGCAGGUAUUUUCACGGCUGAUUACUUAGAUAAACAUGCUUCUACUUUAAUUAAACAUCAAAGAGUAUUGGAAUUAGGAGCUGCUUCAGGAUUACCCGGGUUAAUCUGUGCUAUUAAUGGAGCUCAAACUAUCGUAUCAACUGAUUAUCCUGAUCCUGAUUUAAUAUCCAAUAUUCAAUAUAAUUUCGAUCAUCUUGAUAAAGAAGCAAAAUUAUCAAACUAUAUAGUGAAAGGUUAUAUUUGGGGUAAUAAUGUUGGACCUAUAAUAUAUCCUGAACAAAAUGAAGAAUUAACUGAACAAGAACAAUCCCAAAUUCCUGAAAGUGAUUUAUAUGAUUUAAUUAUCCUUUCCGAUUUAGUUUUCAAUCAUACUGAACAUCAUAAAUUAUUACAUACAUGUCGUAAGAGUUUAAAAAAGACAGGGAAAUGUUUAGUGGUAUUCUCUCCUCAUAGACCUCAUUUAUUAAACGAUGAUUUACAAUUUUUUGAAACGGCAAAGGAAUAUCAAUUUAAAUCGGAAAAGAUUGAUUUAGUGAAUUGGAAUCCAAUGUUUGAAGAAGAUGAAGAAACAGUUGAAAUCAGAUCCCGAGUUUAUUCAUUCUACUUGUAUCCUGACUGGUAA